AUGGCCAUCGCAGCCCGGUAUGUGCUGGCAGUUCCCUGACACCUGGUUCCUUGAUGGUAGAUGCGCCUACGCUCUCGCUGGGUAUACAGGUGGUGGGCAUUACUGCCCAGUCAUCAUCAUCAUCCUUCUGACCCCCUGUUGGGGUGUUGUUGUUGCUGCUGUUAUAUGUCAAAAUCCGGUCAUUUGCUGUGUGGACCAGGGGGUGUGGAGUGGAACGCCGAAGUGCGGGCUCGAUAGUGCCAUCCACCUGCGUCCUCUCCACGCCUCUGGUCCUCUUAGCUCUGUCUUGACACCAGGUCCAGGUGGGGAGAGGGGAAGUGAGAGUGCGGUAGAUUCUGCGCAAGUCCACUAUCAUUGUAGGCUAAUUCACGCGCGAGUCACCGUGCCUGCUGCACUUUGCUGUGUAGCACGCGGUGGACAUUAUCGAAACCGACGGUCGAACUGUCGUCGUGUUGUAUGACCGACUGAAAAUCAGGCUGCAAUGGCUCCUCCUCACUGUGGCCCUCCCUCUGGGGUAUCCGAGCCGCCCACCUUUCCUUUUGUUGUUACGCAAAGUCCCGUUGUGGACCAGGUGUGGUGGUACGCCUAAGGGCAGAUAUUUGCCUGCGCCAUCUCCCGUCUUCAGUCUUCUUGACUCUGUCAUGACACCGAAUCUAGGCGAUGGAGGAGAGAGAGCGGUAGGUGCAGCGCAAGUCGCCGCCGGUGGACAUCGUCGAAAACGACAGCCGAGCUCUCUUAAAAAGGUUCUUACUGCGUAAUUGGACUGGUGGACUUUAAAAAUUUUCAUCCCAACCAAUUAAAAAAAAGUUGUUUUAUGUAGCCGCCAUGGGACACUGUAUGCUGGCAAACAAACACUCGUGUAUGUAUAUAGGGGACGAACUUUUGCUACUGCCAGAUGAGAAAAUGGCAUGUCGCGGACAACGCUGAUCGAUGGUUUCAUCUCGUGGCUGCCCAUAGCUCUUCUCUCUCAGCAAAAAAUUUGUACUUUCGUUCCAAGAUCUUAAUUCACGAUGAUUUUAUGGCAUGUAAGGAUAAGGUAGGUUAAGUGACUCUUAGAUCAGACGAUUAAGACGGACCAAAAUGACUAAUAAUCUCGAAUCAGUUGUUUGUACCCAUCUUUUGGCGGUCAGAGUGCUUCGUCGACUUAUAUAAACUGACAGAGGUCGAAGAGGACUGCGAUAGAACGUUUUAAUCAUUGGUCGGUAUGGGACUGUCUGUGCAGCUCUGGCGCAGAAACGCCAGGUCAAAAUGCGGCACCAGUACUGUGUCCGGUAACCAGAUCAGUUCGAGAGGACGCCAUACCUUGGCAACAUCGUGCCCAUCGCAUCGUAAGUAAUUGGCGGAGUCACCAAGGCACCCAGUUUACGCUGGAUGAUUUAGACGGUUCAAGGCAAAGCGACAGCAAGCGCCCUCUCUUCUUCGGUUUUAAACGCUAUCGUGCGGCUAUUUAAUCUAUUCAAUUGCUUCUCUAUGAUUGGUCCCAAUAUCAUUCUUCGUCAGGCUGAGCACGGGAAUAUGAACCCCUUCUUAUUUCAGGCAGUCUUGUCCCAAAUUCCAGGGGGUUAGAAUUAGGGGAAGGGUUAUGAUUAGGGUUGGACCUAGGUCAGUUGGAACAGGAACUCUCCAACGCGAGGCCACCUGCAGUACCAGGAGAGAGUCCUUUUUUUUCUCGUCCGACCCUCUGCCUUGCUGGAAUAUCCCGACACUUUUUUUAUCCUCACAAUAUCAAAUCUUGUUCAUACUCCUGUUUCAGUUCGUCGGUCGCAAGGUUGAAAAGUGCACUUGCUGAGGACUGGCAGAAGAACGAUGACGACGCCCUGCGCCUGAGCAGCGACGAAUACUGCCUGGCCCAGAUGACGGAAUUUGUGCAACAUCUGCACAAGGAACUACGAAGGACAAAGGAGGUAAUUUGGGGGUGGAGAAAGAUUAUGUGACUGAGCACUCCAAAUUGUCCGAACAAGGCCCAGGUCCCCUUUCAUCAAGUUGAAGAUAGUAAUAUUAAUGUUGAGAACAGGGAAUAAAUCAUAAGCACACAACCGUCCUUGAUUCGGUACAUAAAAGUCUACUUGUAAUGCAUAAAUGGCGUCCAGUCCGUUGGUAAUUUUGCUUUUAUCCGAUGAGAUUUAAGCGAUCUGCACUCAGUGACCGAUCUCAUAAAAGGGCUAAGCGAAGUUCUACGAUGUGCUUUCGAGUAAUAAAGACUACUCAAGUAGGGUGUGUAAAAAUUACCUUGCAAAAUAAUCCCAAGAUAUUUCAGUCACGCCAUGAUGCCAACUUUCACAUACACAUCUUCUCGGCCGACUUCAAAAACCUUCUGGUAAAAAAAAUUGUUUACUUAAAUGAUAUUCACUUUUUCUGUCGGUUUUCAAUGCCCUUAUAAAUACAAAAAUAGUUUGCAGAGAAAAUGCACGAAAGUAGGUUUUCUUCUAAUACUUUGGCAGCAAAUCAGGUCUUCUUUAAAUUUCAUACUCGAAAAAGAACAUCUUCCGGUUUAAAAAGUUUUUUUGGUCCGUGCAUUAUUUUGAGCCAGAUCUGCUUUUGCAUUUACAUUUGGGGUUUAGUCUAGGAGAGGUAUACACAUGUGCCCCUACGCCAGGAUUGACAAACGGACAGAUGCGAAGCUAUUUGAAUGGAAAUUUCAUGAUCUUAAAGUCCCAUAAUUGCAAGCAUUUUUGAAACCGAAGGAUACUCCUUUUUCAGGUAUGUAAUUUGAAGGAUAUGCGACUUUCUGCCAAGCCUGCAAAGCAUAAUUUAUGUUUACCUUCUUUAAAAUAUAUUUGAAAGUAUAUGAGAGUGCAAAACCUAUGAAAAAUAUGUACACUAUCUAAGCAACCAAUUUUCACCUGGCUCGAUUUUCAUAUAUGGCCACGUGACGGGGACCGGGUUGUGUGAGGCGCGCGCAGACGGGCUGUUUGGUUUUGUCGGCCACUGCACCCGCGCCAACCCCCUGAUCAUAUACAUGAGUAAAGAUUCGAGGUCUAGAUAGAUUUUCUCGUUCACCAUCUCCAAAAGAAGACGAAAAAGCAAAAGAGGCGAUUCCAUUGUGCACACUGUAUUUGUGCCGAAGUUUCGGGAACUUCCUUGUUUCCAUCAUCAGCGUGGUGGGGUGUUUGUUCCUACUAGCCCAGAGUUGUUCUAUCUCGCCGCCUGUCUCGUGUUAUGGGCAUGCCUGACUCGCGAAGUCUGACCUGCCUUCUGGCGGGGGAUUGGAUUUGGUCUCUCCGUAGCCGACCGGUGGCGCGCUCGUGUGACCUCUGUCCCCUACAUGGCCGUCGUUCUCGCUGCUAGGUUCGUGUUCCCGUGGACCCUCCCCUCAUAGCCUGAUGGGCUGAUCAGCUGCCGUUGUAUGUGCAAAUCACGUCCGGCUGUUUGAGCGCGUAGGUUGGUCUAUGUCUCGCAUCGGUCGUGUGACCUCCGACUGAUUCUUUCCCCCUGUUGUGGAGAUGGUAGUCGUUGGGAGGGCCGCGAUUUGUUCGCCAGUGCUGUCGGCCCCGUUUGGACUGACUGGAGCCGCGUACGUAGUGCCUAGUAGGCCGGAUGAAGAUCACUGACUUUGUUGAUUCUGCCAACUGAGGACCAACUUUCGAGCGCCAGACUGGCCAUCUUGUCGCUGGUUCGGCUGAUGACGCUUGCCUUCCCAAAGGCGAAACUGUGCUUCUCCUGUUGUAUGUGGCCAUAUACCAGUGACAGCCUAUCCUCGCAAUUGACUACAUGCUGGUGCUCGUGAAAUCUUUUGCAGAGGCGUUUGCCCGUUUCACCAACAUACCUCCGCUGCAACUUUAGCAAGGUAUGUUGUGGACCACUACUGAUUGUUCCCUUGGCGGUAGCUGGUCUUUGGAACUCAUUAUCUAAUGCGUGAUAGUGGAUUCCGGUUUAUGGGUCACUAUAAUCCCAAAAUCGCUCAGGGUUCUUGCUUUCGCCUCAGAAACAUUCCUCACGUAGGGGGUCGCGAGCCAGAACUUCGGCUUCUCAUCGUUAGAUCGUUCGGGAGUAAGUCCGCUUCGGCAUUCACGUAACCAUCGACUGUGAAUAGGGAAUGUAGGUAUUUCGCUUCUUCCUUCCUCCAGUCGUCGUCACUACAGUGUGUUCGAACUCAUUGAAAAAGAAUCCUGACACAUCUGCGUUUGUGACCAAUGGGGUGGUUACUUCGAAAUUGGAGGCUGUAUCUAGUAUUCAUUGCCUUACGGUAUAGCGUAGUUCUGAUCCACCCUUAAGCUAUCCUUGCGACAUUUGCGUCAAGGGAGAGCGACUGGUUGUUGUUUUCCUUAUCCAACAACUCUGGGCCAGUAUGAGCAAACGUCCCAAACCCCCACGAUUUUUCGGUCCCUCAGUUGGGUUUUUUGGAAGUAUUCAAUGGUUGCAUUGUUGAAGUCCUGGGAAUGAGACCUAUUCGCAUAUCUUCUGGAAGAAAUAGGAAAGUUUGUGUAGACAUUAUUUCUGAAAAAGGGAACCUCGUUUUGGCGAAUGUCUGAAAAUUAUUUUGAUAUGGUUACUGACUGAAUCUAAGUAGCUGGUUUAUCUUCGUGAUCCAUUUUGUCCGUGACUCGUAUUUUUACUCACACCCACUUUUUUGAUAAUGAAAACGAGGAAGUUUCCUAAACGUCGGCACAAAUACAGUGUGGCCCAUGGAAUCGCCUCUUUUGGGGGGAUGAACGGGAUAUAUAGAUAUACUGGUUGUUGCACAACCUGCGAUAUUGCAAAAUAAUUAUCCAAAGGUGACUAAAAUGAGCACUGGUGGCCAUCGGCAGCCAGCCCGACUGCACGAAAUCUACUCCGCUGAAAGAGCUACCACUGCGACAGAAAAGUGAGCCUUUUGUCAUCAGAAGCAUGCAUUUUUUCUCCACACAUUUCCUCGUCAUCCGAUCAAUUAAAUGCAUCUUCUUUAAGCACAACUACCCCAGCUGCGUUUAUGUGUUUUUGUGGAGUUGCCGGCAAAAUUUGUGGAGCGUACGCUAAGGCGGCUCGCAGUGCGAUCGAAUUAAAAAAAAUCCAAGCGACCGCCCCGCAUACAAGACAAGUUAACCCAAACACCAAUCCCAAACCCAAUACUGACUGCCGUUAACGUGUCGAUUCAGGGCUGAAGUUUUGACAGAUGAUUAUCGAUUUAUCCACUCCAAUCGAUAAAACAACAAGAUUGUGCGGCAAAUUGUUAAAUUCACAGACUUGAAAGUCCUCGAAAUUAAGCAGUUGGAUUAGGAGAAACUAGUGAUCACCAUGGUAAAUUGGCACGCCUUCAACCAGGAAAGUAAGUCUUUUAUUUGACAACAUUUUGAGAUACUUGGCCCAGCCCUAUUUUGCCAGGGUACCGGAGUGACUCAGGAGUGAAUUACAAUCAAAGUUGUGAGUCAAAUUGUCUUGACCGUAAUUCGAUUUAGAAGGCGAAUUUAUCUCUAUUCCGAGAUAUUUUCAAAUAAGAGAAACUCCUUGUCUCUGAAUCGCAGGAUUUCAUGGUUUUUAAAUUAUGCUGCCAGAAAUCCUAAACCACGUUAACUUUCUUAACUGCGUCCUUCAGAAAAGAUACUCAGAAGAAAAGGUGGCGAGCGAACGUUGCUUUCGAUAGCUUCUCGUCAGGCCAGUGCAGUUAUAUGGGACGGGGUACAGUGAGUGAAAAAAAAAAUCGAUAAAAUACAGGCUAGGCAAGAGCUGAAGGGCACAGGAAGUUGUAUGCGGCUAGUCAGCCUUUGAGCACGGUAAGCGCUGAACCUGAACGAGGUUCUUCUGGGCGCAUAGGGUCGGUUUUCUUAACCUGGUGGCGGCCGCUUCUGCUGUUGCUAACAGGCGCUGGCCCAAUAGCUUAUGGUAGCUCUAGGGAACCUUAUAACUCACACGAAAUGCUUCAGCGCGGUUCACACGAUGCCCUGAAUCCACUGCAUGCCCAGGAACGGCGCUGUCUAUUCUCCUAGUUUCACCUUUUGCCAGCCAUGCGGGAAGGUGCUCUCGUAUUCUUUUGGAAAGGCGCCGACUCGUACGACCAGUAUAACCUGCUCCACAGGACCAAGUGAAUGCGUAGAUGCACAUUGAGGCGGUCUGAGGUGGCAGCCUAUCCUUGCCUUCACCGCGUAACAUAGAAUUAGUAGAGAAUGAUAUGCGGACCCUCGCUGCUGGGAAGGUUGCCGAGACAGCUUGGUUAACGCGUCAGCUUAGGGGUUCACUUGCAGUGUCUCCUUGGAAAGGCGGCAGGGUUCUUUGUAAUGAACCUGUCAGGAUACCGUUUUCUCGAAGUUAUCGAAAGCGACAUUCGCUCGCCACCUUUUCUUCUAAAUAUAGCUAUGGGGAUUUUCAAAAAUGUCCAAAUGUACACUCAUUAACUGUUAGAGGGGAGUUCGUCCGACGCCUCUCCCUCUCACCCUGAAAGCAAAAUAACAGUAACGCUAGCGCUGUAUCCUCUCUCUCUCUCUCAUUCAGGUUUUUGAGGUAGUCGAGGAGGGCUCGCUUGCAUCGCAUCCCGCGCGCUUUUUGUCCAAAAGCGAACUGACAGCGCAGAGAUCUGGGCUAAUUUCACUCCUUCUCACCGUCCUUCAGACAGCCUGCAAACUCGGCAUGGAGAUGAGUCUGCCCAGAGGCUCCCAGGUGGACUUCUAG